AUUAGAUAAAGAGGGCUGGGUUCUGCUAGGAAGAUCGAAAGCACUACGGGAUUUCAUUUCGUACGUUCGUUUUCACGUGAAUGGAUCGCUGUUGAAAAAUUGGCAAACAUGGUGUCUUUGCAGACUAUCGCGAGUAUAGUGAUUAAAGUGCUAAAAUUGGUUCUCAACCUCAUAAUUUUGAUCCUGUACCGUACAGGAUACGGCGGUGAGUUUUUAGGUGUCGGUGGGACUUGGAACCUAAACGAAGACAAGAAUCCUGAUGCCGAGAUCGUGGCUUCAGGUGUCUUCGUCGGAUUCUUCGUGUACACGAGCGUCGUGCUCAUCAGUUUCUGUUUCGGAAAUACCGAGCAUAAAAGAUCUCUCGUCGAAAUCAUCAUGAAUUUCGUCGGGACUUUUAUGUUUGUGGCUGUGGGUGGAACAGCUCUACAUUACUGGCACGGUUACCAACCUGAGCAUAAAUACCAAUAUGACUCGUCAGAGAGACAGAUCGGUUUGGCCGUGGGCUCAUUGUGUGUCUUGGAAGGAGCAGCAUAUUUAUUGGACUUGAUAAUGAGUUUCCUCCAUUACGCAAAAGACGAGUUCAAUUAAUUUAGCAGAAAAAAUAUCACAAUGUAAUAGAGUUUGAUAAAAUUUACAAAGAACUGUCAUUUCAUUUUCCAAAAUUCAUUCAUGUCAUAGCGAUUAUGUAAGUAACGUAAAAAUUUCAUUGCAGGGACGCGGUUAGGCACUUUCAGUACUUCGAAAUAU